AUGUGGCAAUCAGCCAAUCACACACUCCGGUUUAAUUUUAAAUCAAGGAGGCUGUGGAACAAGGAACCCACCAGACAAAGACAAAAUGAUACAAACUUUAGAGGUGUUAUUUUCAGGGAGUGGAUUUUCAAUUCCCUCUCAGCGCCCAUUGCUCAGAGCGUCAUUUAUUUCGACUAUGCAGAAGCAAUUUGGGAAGAUCUUCGCAACAGAUUCUCACAAGGAGACUUGCUCCGUGUUGCUAAACUACAAGAACAAAUUUAUGGCCUCAAGCAAGGAUCUCUCUCCGUCACUCAAUACCACACCGCCCUCCGAGCACUAUGGGAAGAGCACGACACGUACCGCCCCGUCAAACCCUGCAUAUGCCCGGCACGGUCUUACCACGACCAAAACUUCAUCAUUCGGUUCCUCAAAGGCCUAGACGACCGCUUCACUGUCGUUCGAUCCCAAAUCUUGCUCAUUGACCCCCUUCCACCGGAAAGCAAAGUCUUCAACAUGGUGAUUCAACACGAGCGCCAACUCCAAGGAGGCGGUAGUGUUCUCGACGAGCCCAUUUCCCUCACCAACGCCGUCAUCACGCCACAACGGCGCCUAAAUCCCGGGCGCGGCCGCGGACGCAUCACCAAUGGUGGACGCAGUGGAGCCGAAAAAGUAUGCGUCUACUGUGGGCGAACCGGCCACACCGUCGACGAGUGCUACGGCAAGCAUGGCUAUCCACCUGGCCACCUACGCUACCCCGGCCGUCCUCGGUUCAAUGAUCGCAGCAACUCCACCGCCUCCUACACCAAUGCCGCUGCCGCCAACCCUAAUUCCUCAUAUCAACAACAACUCAGCAAAACCGGAUCAAGCAAAGAAGAGACCUACCCAACUUCUGGGCCUAGUUUGUCACAAGCCCAAUAUCAAUCUCUCUUAGCUCUUCUCCACAAUGUUCAUGGGCAGCAGUUUGCAGACAAACCCACACCACAAAGUCAACAUGGGCCAUCUGAGGCCAAGUCUGGAUGCGAAAUCCUUGAAGAUGAUUGGUUCGGCUGA